ACUGUUGCGUGUCGGAGCUUUCGGCGGUCACCAAUGGGAUCGGGCGAUGCCAACAAUGGGGCGGCCGUGUCAGGCGUGGUCACCCCAUUGUGACAGGACAACGGCGGGGCGGGGAGGGAGUCACAAUUGCCUUGGGCAGAAGAGCAGUAAGAGGAGAUCGGGCGGAGGCAGCGGCCGGUGCAGUCUGCCUUUGUAAUGAGUGAAGCUCGAUGGUUGGAUUUGGAGCUGGCUGUUGAUGCCUAGCAGCGUUUAGAGGUUAGUUGAGUGGGUGGGCGUUGAGAGCGGAACCCGAGGAAUGACGCUCCUCUAUCACCUGUUCCACAGUUGAAGGUGGGCAGGGCGCUGGGCCGCCGAGUGAAGUCGCGAAGUCUAUCCCAACAUCAAGCAUGGAAACUCUACACGAGAAUUCCGAGUUCAGGGCCCCCAUCCGGCCGAUCCCUGACCAAUCAGAGCCUCAACAGGAAUUUGAGUGGCAAAACAUGAUCAAGUUCUUCGGCAGGAAGAAGGAGCGAUUGCCUGAUUCUGAUGGCUUCACAAAGUACAAGUUUUCCAUCAAGAACGAGUACAUUUACAACAUUAACCAGCAGAUCCUGUCCAACGUCUCAACCAAGGCGGGCUCCAUCUACCCGGCCGUCUACCUGGGUGAGUCCACGCACGACAGCAUGAACGAGUUAUUUGUGUCGACGGGUUACAGUUGCCGGGGGUUGCUGUUCCCCACCUUAAACCACUCCUUCAAAUCUCAGGAACUGGAGAAGCUGUACCAACGCUACUUCGCUCGCCAGCGGCGGAACUCUGUCGUUAUGAUGAACCUCAUAGACUGCCUCACCAAAUUCACCGUUUUUGUGGUGUAUGUUUUCCGAUCGUCCCAGCUGAUCGGACCUAUAAAAAGCGGCCUGACGGGUCUUAUCUUCCUCUUCUCCGCCACGCUGUGUUUCAUGGUCCAAGCCGGCAAGGAUGCAAUCUCCCACAACUACCUGCAGUACAUCGGCCUCGCCACCUGGUUCUACCAGACUUUGCAGAUUCUUCUGCUGGUGGGUGUGGGCUUGGAGACCUACGAGACGUGGUACAUCCUCUACAUUGUGUUCGGCACCUACACAAUGCUGCCUCUGCCGUUGCUAUGGAGUAUCCUGGCCGGCACCCUCUCCUCAGUCAGCCACCUUCUGAUCGAAGGAUUACACUAUUCCCAAGGUCUAAUUUUCAUUCACCAGAUCUCUGUCAAAGUGCUGUUGCUGGUUUGUAUGAACAUUAGCAGUCUCUAUAUCAGUUACAUCACUGACCGGGCACAGCGACUGGCCUUCAUGGAGACCAGACGAAGUAUUGAUGGCAGGCUGCAAUUGGAGAAGGAAAAUGAACGACAGGAGAAGUUGGUCCUGUCAGUGCUCCCACGGUUUAUGGUGCUGGAGAUAAUUAAUGACAUGUCUGAAGAGGUGAAGAAGCAAGGAGGCUUCCACAAAAUCUACGUCCACCGAUAUGAGAAUGUGAGUAUAAUAUUUGCAGAUAUCAAGGGUUUCACCAACUUAUCGAUAGUUCUGCCGGCACAUGAACUGGUCUACUUGCUGGAUGAACUCUUUGGGCAGUUUGAUGAGCUUGCUGAGGAGCACAGCUGUCUGCGAAUUAAGAUUCUCGGGGACUGCUACUAUGCAGUAGCGGGAUUGCCUGAACCACGUGAUGAUCAUGCCCACUGCUGUGUGGAACUGGGUCUAGGGAUGAUCCGAGCAAUCCGGAAGAUUCGUUUGAGUUUUCACUCAGAUAUCGACAUGCGGAUCGGGAUCCACUCCGGCUUUGUCCUGUGUGGAGUGCUGGGUCUGUGCAAGUGGCAGUUUGAUGUCUGGUCACUGGACGUGCACAUUGCCGGUGAGAUGGAGAGCUCCGGUCAACCUGGACGAGUCCAUAUCUCUGAAGCUACACUGAAAUGUUUAGAGGGGGAUUACGAAACUGAAGAGGGUUUCGGCAAUCAAAGGAGCAACUUUCUGGCGCAGUAUAAUAUCCAGACCUUCUUCAUCAAGCACCCAUCGAUUUUCCCCCUGUCACAACGAAGACAAUCUAGCCUUGGGAAGUCAAGCAACCUCCCUCUGAGAUCACUGCAUGAGCGCAGGAGGACUGAGACCAUCCUCAGCAGCGCUCUGCAGCUUGACGCCAACCUGCUCCGCCUGAUGGAGUCUGAGACCCCCUGGAGGCUCGACCAUCCCUUCAACAAAAUAAUUGGCUUGAAUAAAAUCAUAGCAGCCUUGAUGAAUAAGUCCAAGGAGAAAUCUGACAAAUCUGAGGCCCAUUUUCAUAGUUCUGCCAGAUUCACUAAAGUCAACGCAAGAGUUGAGGAUGCCAUUGAACUGCGUAGCAGUGACAAACUGCGGGCUGCCUACAUCAAUGAGAUCACUCUGACUUUUAAGGAUCAUGAUAUUGAAAAGAAGUAUCGCAGGAUUCGAGAUGAUCUUUUCACUUCCAGCAUGGUCUGUGCCCUCAUCAUGACGCUGCUCAUUCUUGCUGUACAGAUGUUGUUUGCAGUUCCUGAGAAAAAGAUGAGGGUUGGACACUUCAUCUGCAUCCUGCUCAUUUACUUCUGUCUUCUCUGCUGCACGAUGGCUGAGGGGUUUGCGUGUCUCCCGAAGGCCAUGCACGAAAUGUGCUGCUGGAUCCACGAGACUUACAGUGUCCGCACCAUCGUCAUGAUUGUCUCCAUCUCAGCCAACUUCAUCUCAUCUAUUUACGACAUGAUUUGGUGCCCUAAUUUGAACCCGUUUGUAGAAAUUGGGUAUAAUCUGACCAAAUGGACAAAUGCUAACCUGUGGACAGCAAGCAUCUGCAAUCAACUUGAGUUCUUUAUGCUGGCUGGUGUAUUAUCCAUGGUCACCUGCGCUGUCUUCCUCCAUCUACAUUCGGUGGUGAAGAUGUUGUGCCUGGCACUGAUCAUGGUCCUCUACAUCUACAUUGCUGAAGUCACCGUCCAGCAGUCUGAUUUACAACUAUCAGUGUCCAGCGCCUACACCAACUGGCGUCAAGGGAUCGUCGUCCUACUGAUGUUUAUGUUUGUCAUCACCGUCUUUUACCAUGGGCGACAGGUGGAGGUAACAGCACGACUGGACUUCCUGUGGAGGCUGCUGGCCAAACGGGAGAUGGAAGAGAUGGCAGAGUUACGACAACACAACGAGAGCCUGCUCAACAACAUCCUGCCAAGCCACGUGGCACAGCACUUCCUCAACAGGGAGCCGGAUGACGAGGGUCUUUAUUUCGAGUCACAUGAUGAUGUGGGAGUUCUGUUUGCAUCAAUCCCAGAAUUCAAUGCCUUCUACCCUCAGGCGGAAAGCAACCAGCAGGGGAUGGAGUGCCUGCAGCUUCUGAACGAGAUCAUUGCUGACUUUGAUGAGCUCCUGAUUGAUGAACAUUAUGAGAAAAUUGAAAAGAUCAAAACCAUCGGAAGUACGUACAUGGCCGUGUCUGGGCUGGCCUUGACAAUGGAGGAGAGUGUCGAUGAGUGGCAGCACCUGUGCACCCUGGCAGACUUCUCGCUGGCUUUGGAGAACAUCAUGAUCCAGAUUCAGAAACACUCCUCCAUUAACUUCAAGCUCCGUGUUGGGUUCGCUCACGGGCCUGCCGUCUCGGGAGUGAUCGGUGUGAAGAAGCCCCAGUUUGACAUAUGGGGUACGACGGUGAACCUCGCCAGCCGUAUGGACAGCACAGGCAUCAGCGGCAUGAUCCAGGUGCCCGCAGAGACCCAGGAGAUCCUCCAACUCCGCGGCUUCGCACUGCAGUACAGGGGAGCCAUCUACGUCAAGGGGGUGUCUGAGACACAGGGCCAGGUCAAUACGUACUUCCUGACAGGGAGAGUCAAAGAAGUGGUGAAGCACAAGUGGAUGAGGAGACAGAGUGCCCAGCAGUCGCUCUCGGCCUUUGUCUCCGGGCUGGUGCAGAAGAAGAACGUGGGAAUGGCUUCCAUCCAGGAACAUGGCAACUAACACCGGAGCACUGCCACCCAGCGGUCAUGGCCCCGCAUCGGCUGGGAUCUCUGGCUGAAGGAAGCUGCGACUGAGUUCGAUCGAUGGACAAUAUAUUGUGAAUUUAUGGAAAGACGUUAUAAAUGGCUGCUUAUUGCUGAGAUGAGAUGGUAGGUUAGGAGACUGAGGUCAGUGUUAACCAAGAAUGAGUACAGAGCAGGCUCCCCGCAGUCAAUGUCUGGCUGAGGAUGCCCCCCCCCACCCCCACUUUGUUCUGCAGGCAGGCAGCUGAUGCCACCCAACAUGGUCAGUGUGACAGAAUCAAUGGGCUUGGGUCCCAGGUUACCACAGUGGCCCAGGACAUUCAGCAGCACCCUGAUACUGUUAGACCUGAGUGGGAGGAACAGGCCUGCAGCCACUCCCCAUUGUAAGCCAGGGUGGCCAACGAAGGCCAAGAGAAAGCUUGGCUGGGACUGGAGCAGAGGGAACUUGGUUGCACCACAAGGAAUGAUAAAAGACUCGUAUAUGUAUUAAAUCUGGCCUCAGAUGA